AUGAAGCGCUACACUGCCACUGUCGCCUCCUUCCUCCGUCCCGCUGCUGCUGCAGUUCUCCUCCUGGUUUUCUUUGGCUGGGACGAGCAGGCUUGGGCACACCCUGUGGACCGUCCACUCAGCCCGGUGCUCAGACAUCCGCAGACCUAUCAGGACGUCCGACAAGUGUCAGAACAUUAUCAGAGGAUCCAGCCAAAAGACGACGAGGAUGACACCAGUAUGAGAGCGAUACCCAGAGUUAAUACUAACGAUCACCACUUGGAGAUCUGCUGCCUGCACGCCAACAUCCUGGACUAUUACCUGACCAACAUCCUGCACCACACCAACAACGACCACACCCACAUGCACCGGCUAAAGACCAACCUCCACCGCAUCAGCACCGACCUGCAGGCCCACGGCUGCAAUGUCACUCAGUACCACGACCACAAAAAUGCAGUGGAUUUUCGCACCAAGCUUGAGAAGAUGGAGAAGAAGAAAGGCAUCACCAAAGCGAUCGGCGAGCUUGACAUCCUGUUCAGCUACCUGCAGGACUACUGCGUGGAGCCGAGGAACAGCACUGCCGCCUAA